UGCUCACCUGGACCAAUGGCAGCGCUCGCGGAGAGAACGUUACCUUUUAUGGACAACGCCAGCAGCUCCGCGCGCGGGAAUAAAACCGGUGCGGUGCGCGUGUUGAGGCUGCAUUCACCGAGCACAGCUGGGGCAGAGCUACACCUGCAAGACUUCACCAAGACACACCUGAGACUCACCUGCACAGACAUGGAGGACGACGUCGCUGCCCUCGUUGUUGAUAACGGCUCCGGCAUGUGCAAGGCCGGUUUCGCCGGUGAUGAUGCCCCCCGCGCCGUCUUCCCCUCUAUCGUGGGUCGACCCAGACACCAGGGUGUGAUGGUGGGAAUGGGACAGAAGGACAGCUACGUGGGAGACGAGGCCCAGAGCAAGAGAGGAAUCCUGACCCUGAAGUACCCCAUCGAGCACGGCAUCGUCACCAACUGGGACGACAUGGAGAAGAUCUGGCAUCACACCUUCUACAAUGAGCUCCGUGUGGCUCCGGAGGAGCACCCGGUCCUGCUGACGGAGGCGCCACUGAACCCCAAGGCCAACAGGGAGAAGAUGACACAGAUCAUGUUCGAGACCUUCAACUGUCCGGCCAUGUAUGUUGCCAUCCAGGCCGUCCUGUCCCUGUACGCCUCCGGUCGUACCACAGGUAUUGUGUUGGACUCCGGUGACGGUGUCAGCCACACUGUGCCCAUCUACGAGGGAUACGCUCUACCUCACGCCAUCCUCCGUCUGGAUCUGGCCGGCAGAGAUCUGACAGACUAUCUGAUGAAGAUCCUCACAGAGAGAGGCUACAGCUUCACCACCACCGCCGAGCGUGAGAUCGUGCGUGACAUUAAGGAGAAGCUCUCCUACGUGGCUCUGGACUUCGAGCAGGAGAUGCAGACGGCUGCACAGUCUUCCACCCUCGAGAAGAGCUACGAGCUUCCCGACGGUCAGGUCAUCACCAUCGGCAACGAGAGGUUCCGCUGCCCUGAGACGCUCUUCCAGCCCUCAUUCAUCGGAAUGGAGUCUGCUGGCAUCCACGAGACGACUUACAACAGCAUCAUGAAGUGCGACGUGGACAUCCGUAAGGACCUGUACGCCAACACUGUGCUGUCCGGUGGCACCACCAUGUACCCCGGCAUCGCCGACCGUAUGCAGAAGGAGAUCACAGCCCUCGCACCACCCACCAUGAAAAUCAAGAUCAUCGCUCCCCCAGAGAGGAAGUACUCCGUCUGGAUCGGCGGCUCCAUCCUGGCCUCCCUGUCCACCUUCCAGCAGAUGUGGAUCAGCAAGCAGGAGUACGACGAGUCCGGCCCGGCCAUCGUCCACCGCAAGUGCUUCUAGAAAGCUCCUCGUCCUCGUCGUCCUCUGCUCAACCAUAAAUGUGCCUGUUUUUAUCUUGUGUGAACAAACUAAAAGAUGUGAGAUGCCACAUACAAGAUGAAUCAAGCGCCUGUUUACAUUUUAACGUGUCGGCUCGGCUGAACUCCAUCAAACAUCCCAACGUGUCCUCUAACUGUUACAGCUCUCAGUUCUUCUGGUGAUAAACUGAAGUCCAAGAAAACAAACAGUAUUAUCACUGCAUCUUUUUCUACCUGCGUCUUUUCUACCUCUGUAACAAAUCACAUCAGCAUUCAGCUUCCCCCCUCGUCCAGUCUGUCAAUUACAACAUCAAUAAAAGCCAAACAUUUGAUAUUUA